UAACAGAUGCCAAUCUCAGGGACCAAUUUGAUGAAAAGAAAAGUGCAGAGGCCAACUUGGGAAAAGUGGUGAAGUUGAGGACCAAUCUAUUCCAAUAAUUCCAACUCCAACCUAUUGAAGAGUCACCACCGUCGAAGUGUGCAUCACUGGCAAAAUCUUCUUCUCCGCCGCGGCCUAUAGACCCUUGAUCUUGUUGUUCGGUAAUGAAACUGCCAUCUCUCUUUGUCCGCCCAAUCACUCACUUUUCUUCCAAGACAUCCAAAUCCCAUUCUCUCAGUUUCACUCCCUCUUUCUCGCUCCAAGAUUUCUCUGUUUCCAAUGAAAUCCACUCCAUUCUGCGUACUGUUAACCCCAUGGAACCCGCAUUGGAACCUCUGCUUCCUUUCCUUUCUCCGGAUAUUGUCACUUCCAUUAUCAAAGACCAACCAAACCCUCAAUUGGGUUUCCGUUUCUUCAUUUGGGCAACACAGAGAGAGCGUCUACGCAGCUCUGCAUCCGAAAAACUCGUCCUCGACAUGCUUCUCCGCAAGGACAAUGCCUUCGAUAUGUUCUGGCAAACUCUUGAGGAAGUCAAGAAAUGCGGGGUUGUAAUCGUGCCCAACAUCUUUAAGAUCUUGAUUUCGGGGUAUUCGAAGAUGGGUCUCGAGGAAAAAGCCGUGGAGUGUUUUGGGAAGAUGAAAGAUUUUGAUUGCAAGCCUGAUUUAUUUACUUUUAAUGCUAUAAUAUAUGUUAUGAUUAGUAAGAAGGUCCUUUUGUUAGCUUUAGCGGUUUACAAUCAGAUGUUGAAGUCUAAUUAUAAGCCUAAUAGAGCUACUUUUAGUAUUUUGCUGAAUGGUCUGUGUAAAAAUGGGAAAACUGAGGAUGCGCUUAAGAUGUUUGAUGAAAUGACUCUGAGGGGUAUAGAGCCAAAUAGGUGUAUAUAUACCAUAAUCAUUUCGGGUUUGUGUCGAGCAGAUAGGGCUGAUGAUGCUUGUAGGCUGUUAGGUAGGAUGAAAGAUAGUGGGUGCUCCCCUGAUUUUGUUGCUUAUAAUGCUUUGCUUAAUGGGUUUUGUGAGUUGGGUCGGCUUGAUGAAGCUUUCGCACUUUUGCAGUCUUUUCAAAAAGACGGAUUUGUACUUGGAUUACGUGGAUAUAGUAGUUUUAUUAACAGUUUGUUUAAAGCUAGGAGAUAUGAGGAAGCCCAUGAAUGGUAUACAAAGAUGUUUGAGGAGAAUGUUGAGCCUGAUGUUGUUUUAUAUGCCAUAAUGCUCCAGGGAUUAUCAAAAGCAGGCAAAGUUGACGAUGCGAUGAAGUUGCUGACUGAGAUGACUGAAAGAGGUUUAGUUCCUGAUACCUACUGUUAUAAUGCUGUGAUUAAAGGGUUUUGUGAUAUUGGUCUUUUGGAUCAAGCACGGGCUCUUCAGCUUGAGAUUUCAAGCCAUGAUUGCUUUCCUAAUACCUGCACUUACACAAUUCUAAUUAGUGGUAUGUGCAGGAAUGGAUUGGUUGGGGAGGCUCAGCAAAUUUUUGAUGAGAUGGAAAAGCUUGGAUGUUAUCCCUCAGUUCAUACAUUUAAUUCUCUUAUUCAUGGAUUUUCUAAGGCUGGUCAGCUUGACAAAGCAAACCUUUUGUUUUACAAAAUGGAAAUAGGGAGAAAUCCCUCAUUGUUUCUUCGGCUUUCUCAUGGAUCCUCUCGAGUUCUUGACAGUUCAAGCCUACAAACUAUGGUCGAGCAACUUUAUGAGUCUGGAAGGGUUCUUAAGGCAUUCAAGAUUCUUAUGCAACUAGCUGACGGUGGGAAUGUACCCAACAUCUUUACUUACAACAUAUUGAUCCAUGGAUUUUGCAAUGCUGGCAACAUUAAUGGUGCUUUCAAGCUCUUCAAGGAGAUGCAACUCAAGGGGCUAUCUCCUGACAGUGUGACCUAUGGAACUCUUAUUAAUGGUUUGCAGAAGGCUGGAAGAGAAGAGGAUGCCUUUAGAAUCUUUGAUCAAAUGGAAAAGAAUGGGUGUAAACCCAGUGUGGCAGUUUAUAGAUCACUAAUGACUUGGUCUUGUCGAAGAGGAAAGGUUUCAUUAGCUUUUAAUCUUUGGUUGAGUUAUCUGAGCAGCCUUCCUGGUCGGGAAGAUGCAGUUAUGAAAGAAUUUGAAAAAUAUUUUGUUGAGGGUGAAGUAGAAAAGGCAAUUCUGGGUUUGCUCAAUCUGGACUUCAAAUUAAAUAAUUUUAGUUUAGCACCCUAUACAAUUUUCCUUAUUGGGUUCUGUCAAGCAGGAAGAGUUGAAGAAGCUUUAAAGAUAUUUUCUAUUCUAGACGAAAAGAAUGUUGUUGUCUCCCCUCCUAGUUGUGUAAAGCUGAUAGUUGCUCUAUGCAAAGAAAGAAAUUUGGAUCAGGCAGCUGACAUGUUCCUAUAUACUCUAGAGAAGGGUUUCAAGUUAAUGCCUCGAGUUUGCAAUUAUUUGCUUAGGUCUCUUCUUCGCUCUAAAGAUAAAAGGAUGUAUGCUUUUGAUCUUUUGAGUAAAAUGAAUUCGCAGAGAUAUGAUUUGGAUGCGUACCUUCAUAAAACUACAAAAUCUCUUUUAUAUAUGCAUCGACAUGCACGGGAAACGAAAAGUCUGGCACCUGGAUGAAUUUUCAACUAAUGUGACGUGAAGGUUGUGUAAUAUAUAUCUUUUGGCUGCUGCAGAGGCUUUUGACUCAACUUACUCAGGAUUAAUGUGGUUGAUUCCUAUUUUUGGAUCAAUACUUCAUUUCAUUGAAAUUGGUUAAGAGGCUUUUAGUUCAGAGUAAUGAUCUUCAAGCCUGAAUUUCACCAAUAUUCUGUUUGCACGAUUUCAUCAUGUAAUCCUAGUAUAACAAGGACCAAGGAGAGGCUGUCACAUUUAUUCUUUUCAUCACUCUUUUCCUGUUGUAUACUCUUUGUUUUCAAUACUUGGCAUUCAAUUUUCAGUGGACUGAUUCAAGAAUAACAAGAAUUGAGUUUUUGGAAAAUGGAUGACAUUGAACUUUUGUAUGCAUCCUUGUGACUGUACACUGAAUUAGUUUGUAAAUUUAUUAUGUCAGAAAAGAAUGAAAAGUGAAUAAAACUGCUUCAUCAUUGAGUUAAUUGCCAUAA